UCAAUGUUUAUUAAUGUCGUAUUGUUUUGCAGGAAAAUCUGAAGAAAUCAUGAGUAAUUAUCCCCAGAGCUACGGGAGCUAUCAAGGUUAUGGAGGGUAUGGUAACUAUGGACAACCACAGCAUUAUGGGAGUUCUGGACCACCACCACCCCCUAUGGGUGGUGGAUUUGGAGGAGGACCGUUUCAACUUAUGAAUGCACAAAUGGGCUUACUUCAAAGUGCAUACAAUAAUUUCACCGGUUACGGUGGCGCCCCUGGGUUCCAUUGUCCGGCUGUUCAGCAAAUGAGUUCAGGUUAUCCAAUGGGCAAUCAGCCACCCCCUCAGCCACCACAGCCCCCACACUCCUACUCCCAUCAGCCAUUUGCCCAACAUCAAAUGGAGAUGAACAUGCAGAGACACAUGUACCAGCAAAUGGGCUUUAAGGUACCUAAACCGCCGGCCCCGCCAGCUGAGGAAGGUGAGGAGCCCGCUGAAGAGCAGCCUGAAGAGCAACAACCAGAUGCUAAAGAGUUAGACGAGGAAGUCAAGACCAGAAUGAAAAAUUUCUUCGUUGAUGAGCUACUCCGGCGAUACGCCAUCACUUCUACUCUUGAGAUGGCACAGGGUACAGUUGUCCCCAUGGUUAAAUAUCACCCAGAAGAUAUAGUUGUUGAAUUCUACAAGAACGAACGUGAUACCGAUCUUGCUGGGGAAGAUUGGGAUGCUGAAGCCGACUGUGAAUAUCUUAAUGUAGCAAUGAAAGGACCAGGCACCACUGAGAAAAUUAUAACUCAUAUUGUGGGAACACGGUGCAAUGCUCAAAGACAGAGGCUGAAGAAAAUGUUUAAAACCAUGUAUGGCAAGGAUUUGAUAAAAGAGAUAAAGAGUGAAUUGAGUGGUGACUACAAGGAUGCUAUCAUGGCAUGCUUUGUCUCUCCAGCUAUCUUUGACGCAAAAUGUGUCAAGAAAGCUAUCUAUGGUCUUGGUACAGACGAGUUGGCUCUGAUUGAGAUUUUGAUGACCAGGACUAACCGCCAGGUUAACGAGAUGAAAAGUGUAUAUGGAAAAGUUGCACGUCCGAACAAAGUGACCUCUGAAACCCUUAUUGAAGAGGACAUCGAGAAUGAUACAAGUGGUGAUUUUAAGCGCCUCCUCAUUUCGUGUGCGCAGGGCAAUAGAUAUGAAAUUGAUAGAGAGAAGCUGGAAAAUGCUGUUGAGGAAAUCACAAAUGCUAAUGGAGAUGGUACUGGCAUGUUUGAGGUGAAUUACAAGAAGUUGACCAAUCAAAGGACAGCAAAGCGUGACGCUCAGAGAUUGUUCGACGCAGGUGAAGAUAGAUGGGGCACUGAUGAAGAAACUUUCAAUCUCAUCUUUGCUACAAGAGAUUUCUAUCAACUGAGAGCAAUAUAUGAUCAGUAUGUCAAGAUAGCUCAAGCAGAUAUACGCCAUGCUGUAGACAGCGAGACAUCCGGGGACUAUCGGAGAGGACUUAAGGCUGUGGCUCAGAGUGUGAUGAACAGACCGAAAUACUUCGCUGAGAAACUCAUGAAAUCUAUGAAAGGACUUGGUACAGACGAAGAAACCUUGAUCCGAAUAAUAGCGUCAAGAUCCGAGAUCGAUAUGGUACAGAUUAAGGCGGAGUUUUUGGAGAUGACUCACAAAACACUGUACCGUUACAUAGAGGAAGAUACGAGCUUUAACUUCAAGAAAAUUCUACAAGCGCUUGUUGGCAGAAAUUAAACAACGUUUAUGUAGAAAGGGUUAAAAUGUAAAAUGAUUGUCUUCAUUUGCAUUCAGUAUUACAAUAUACUAUGGUCCUAAAUACAAGACCUUAUUUUUUUAUUUAAAUGUGUAGAUAAAUUGUUUUAUUCUUGGUAAUAUUAUCGAAAAUAAGGUAAAAUAGUAAGAAUGUAGUAAACAUAUGUAUGACAGUAUUAAAAUGAAACAAGCAAUUUACAUUUUAGACCUUGUCCAGUAUGUUGUGGUUUUGCUGUAGUCUUUUUCUGAUAUCUCUCCUCCCUUUUGUAUUUGUGAUAUAUUUUCAGCAUCUGUAUGGGGUGUAAAUUUGUAAUAUAAAUAUAUGUGUGACAGAACAGACACUUUAACGUAGUAAAGAGAGGCAGGUUAGGGGAUGAUUGAAUAUAUAAUACGUAUGUACUAUUCUCGGAGUUACUUUAGUUACAGGUUUUGUGAUUACUUACCAGAAUCUCAGCAAAUCUCUUUAAUAAUUACUACUUUUUUCAUUGAGAAAAUACAUAAUGUCAAGAUAAUACCUGCAGUGUCUAACUUACCUUGGAAAAGUUUGUUAGAUGUGUGUGUUUGUUGUACAGCUUAAGCUGAUGAGUAUACUGGACGUACUGCAUUAUGAAAUAAUGGAUAAGUGAUUUAUUCAGACUAAAUGAACAGUGGAAGCAUUGCUGUUUUAGUCAUCUUUAUUUUAAAUAUUGCUGUGUGUGCAAGUGACUGUUUUAUAUAAAUCACCAGUCAAUAGUUUGUGCUAUAUGAACGGUCUGUAUUCAGCACAUGUUUGCUGGACUAAUAAAUAAAAACUCUGUGAAAAUUAACUUCUGACGUCAUGUAAUGAAACACACAGAUUUGCUUGCCAUUUAAUUGUCAAAAAUGUUGAUCGUCAGUUCUUCGAACCGCGGACAAUAGAUCUGACUACUAACCGGCAAGCCAUAAAAUAUGUAAAUAUUGAUGACAAAUUUAUCUUUAUGUUCUUUUUUGCAUUUAGUUGUGUUAUGUGCACUUUAAACUCUUACAGUUCCUUCCAAAAAGUGUUUGGUAUGUGUUUGCUCUCAUUGCAUAGCGUGCAUCUAAUUCUAUUCUGGUUUCGAAUAAUUCGUUGAUAUUGUGCCUUUUCUACUUAAGUGUUCCAUUUCACUUUGUCAAUUACAAAUACUUAGCGACAAAUUUUAGUGAAAUUCUUGGCUAGAGUUCUUCGUCUGUGGCAUCAUGAACUACGGAUGAAUGAAAGGCAAAUGAUAUAUCUACUUUCGUAUCUGAAAAUACGUUUAUUUCCCAUUUGGCAUGAAUUAUGUUUUAGUUUUAAAUGAAAAAAAAAAAUGCGAUCAGUUUGAUAUCUGUAGCAAAUGGCAAAAUAUUUCAUGUUCUACACACCUUGACGAGCCAUAUUAUAGAAUAUUACUUAGUGACUUUGCAUUUAUUUUACAAGGCCUUUUAUAGGUGGAACUGUAUUUUAAAAUUAGGUAUAACUGAAAAUAAAAGUAAUAAGAAAUC